GUCAAGCUCUGGACAUUCGUCCUAAGAGUGUUGAUCCUUCAAGCAGCGGACGACUGCGAUUUGCACCAGAUUGACGUCCUCCGGUCGUACGAUGAGGACGAAGCCAUGGCUGCAGAUUACAAUGGCAGGCCGGCUGCCGCUGCCGCUCCUAACGCGCCGCCUCCCUCCACACUCGCCGCACAAUUAGUCGAGAACAUUUCGGCUUCGACAAAGUCCACGCGAUCCGACGAAAAUGCCGAGCUGAAGAGGCUGUUUGCCGUAAUCGAAAGGGUCAAAAAUAAGCCCGAGCUACUGGAGACUCCCGAGCAGAGGACGGACCACAAUCAUAUGCUCAUCUACGUCUACGCCCGCGUUGUCCUCGAAGGAAUCAAGCUCGACGAUCCGUUUGCCGACCGAAACCACCUACGAAACGAGGCGCUGAAGGCGAUAAAUUUUUUGAAGGUCACAAUCGAGGAGACACCGAAUGUCUUGAACCAUACCACAGAUGGAAAACAAUUCGUUUUCCGUGGGGAGGAGCCUCUUUGGAUUUGGGUCUUCCCGAAGAUCCUUCGGUUACUAGGCCACUCUCGCUGCCUCGAGUUGAUGGGAGACUUUGAGGGGUUCUUCCAAUUUGUGAUCCUCGUAGUGAUUCGUACGGGAUCUAUGUGGAAACUGCUACCGUUCAUGUUGCUAUACUUGCGUGAGACCAGCAAGGCUCUCUUAACACAUUUGCAAGACAUGGCACCAAGUUCAACUAGAAAUGACGCUACUGUACACAUGACAUUACCCCCGGAUGGUACACUGGAGCUCUUGUUAGGAAAGCCUGGCACCAUCUUUGUCCAACAGACCACAUAUACCAUCCAACAUGUCUCUCAGUGCAUACAUCAAGCAACCACGUUGAUCUCGGCGUUGGCGCACCCGUCAAUUUCUAAAACUCCGAGUCUCGUCUCGCGACCAACAUUGUCUCAGCUGACACUUUGGCUGCUUGAUUCUUUGCUUUCCCUUCGUGCUAUACAGAACACAUGGCAGGCGAUUGUGCCAAGCCCUCGAGCCGACUUGCUCAAUAUUGCUCUGAACCUGCUCCCAGACAAGCCACGCCCUGCUCACAAAUCCUUCGACACAAAGAAGGCAUAUGCUGUGCUGGCAGUGCUCUGUGCUGAGCUCGCAGCACAUUCCGAAGAAAUACAGGGUGCAAAUGAGUCGAGCGUGGCAGCGAGGAAGACGGUCUCGCUGGCGCUCAUCCGACUAGCGCAUGCAUCGCUUGUAGAUCGAGAAGUCGGCAGACUAGCAGCACCGAAGAUUGUGUGUCCUUUGGAGUACGAGGUUUCUUCACUCGUCGAAGCCCCUGAUUUCAUACGUUCCAUUCAAGUUCUGAAGCAAGCAUCCGGAUCCAUCGCACCAACAAGCCUCGACUCCGAAACACAGCCCGCUUCUUUCAUUGACACCGACUUGCGUCAGGCAGUGGAAGACCUUGGUUUAGAGAAUUUUGGCACGGACGACGCAGAGCCCGCUUCAAAGCGCCUAAAGGUGUCUUCAAAUGCUCCUAAACUGCGAGCGCUAAUCUCUCGCAUCUAUGCGGUCUGUCAAGUGAAUGAGACUGAAGAUACCGGAGGGCUGGAACAUGUUUUCUUAAACCAGUACAACAACCUCAGCGAAGACAACCAAUGUCGAGCUAUCGACCUUGUAUCCCGGAUAUGCUGUGCAGUGGAUACGACAGCAACUGUUGACGGCGAUGUACGCAUCGGCAAACGCAAGAGCGUGGGAUGCGCAUUCUGCGAUCAGAAACCUGGGGGCUCUGAGAGACUCAACGCCACCACAGUCGAAGAGAAAAGAGAGGCUCAAUCCAUUUUCACAAAGCUCAUUCAUCUACCCAACUUCAAGGAAUCGAAGCGCCCGAGGAUUGUCGCGAUGAUCUCUGCUAGACGAAUCAUCAAUCACGCCGAUGUCACGGAACUCAUCGACCUCGAAACAUCUCCUCUAGGACAAUGGUGUCUACAAAGCUUGCAUAGCUCGAUCAGAGAGCUUAGGAUUGCUUCUGGACGCGCUCUUCCUCUAUUCCUGAGAGACAGCGAUUUGGAGGCGCUUGACUCGACUUUGAUUAUUCGCAAUCGAAAGAAUGCGCUCAGUCUGCUCAAAGCUGCUUUCGAGAAGGACGCAGUCAUAUUUCAUGAAAGCGGAAUCCUGGCCUGGGGUCAACUUGGACGAGUCGUGACCGGAGACGAGCUCAACCUUGUUCUGCACAAGCUGCUUGAAUACCUGGGUAGUAUCAACAGUCUGAUCGCAUCAUGUGCCUUCAACGAGAUUCUCAACCUAGCAGCUGCCCUGAGCACUACACCACGUCGUCUAUUUGAACCAUUUUGGAGGAACCUUGCAUACUUCGCUGUUAAGGACAUGCAAGCUCGACCGCAGAUUUGCCGCGCGAUUGCCGACCUGUUGCAGAUAUCUGUCACCGAAUUUCUCCUGCUAAUCCAGACCCACGCAUUGCCCUGGCUGGUAUUAAUGAAAAAGAAGGAGGUGAUUCAGAAAAUAGCCGAGGCGCGAGGGGAAAGGGACAUUUGGGUCCCCAUCCUGGACGCAGCCAAUGCUGGGCCCAUCAUUGCGCUGUUGCUUAUUCAAGAUGUUCGCAAUAUCGAGCAGUUCGUUAUGUCCAGGCUUGUUGAGGUGUCCUCUCACCUGGAGACAUUUACCGUGGUUGAGCUCGUGCAAUCCGAAGUUUGUUCCAUCGCCCUGGAGCUUUUCAAGGCUGCCGGGGAAGCCGAUGAAGCACGUAAGCCCCGCAUAAUCGAGGCAUUGGCAUCCUUCUGUUCGAUGAUGAUGAUCGCAAACAAAGAGUCAAAGUCAAAGAAGAACGUUAUUGGGAAGUAUCUACAGUCGUACAUUCUUGGUCUCAUGGCUCGCCUUGCGGAUGUCAUCAAUGACAUGACACUUGUAUUCCCUCCAGCCGAAGAACAGAGGCGCUGCAUACGUGCCUUGGAGGAGAUGAUCAGACAUUGCAAAGGCUACGUUCGGAUUGCACGCCCACAGAUUGCCGCAUGCCUGCUGUCAUCCCUGGCUCAGGAUGAUCUCAGAGAAGCCGCAUUCUCUUGCUGGACGGCUCUGCUUACAUGUCUCGACCCUGAAGACGUUGAGGUCUUGAUUGAGACUACGUUCUUCGUUAUCAGUCACUACUGGCCGCUCUUUUGUGAAUCCUCUCGACACAUGGCUAAAACCAUGAUCAGAAAGUUGAUCACGGACUUCAGUGACAGCCUAAAUGAAUACAUCACCAAGCUACCUUCCUUAGGUCACAUAAAAGAGUUGGCAGACAUCGAAGCGGAACUCAAUGCGGCGCGUCCAGUCCUUGACAACAGGAAGGCGUUUGUUCUAUUUGCUGAGCGCACGGCUCACGAGAACUCGGGUGUCGUUUUACUGGCACUGAGAGAACUCGAGGCCUACCUUAGGCAGAGCGGAGGCUUCCUCCAGACUUCAGCCAUCAGUCAACAGCCUGACCCGGUCGUACCCAUGUUGCUCCGAGCCUUGCUAGACUGUGGAGCAAAAUACAGUGCUAUGCACCAGCUUGACAUUGCCAGUCUUUGCACUCAAUGCAUUGGCCUAGUGGGCUGCCUCGAUUCUAACAGAGUCGAGGCGCCACGAGAGCAAAAGUCAAUGGUCAUUUUGAGCAACUUUGAGAGUGCAGACGAGACGACCGACUUCGUGUUGUUCAUCUUCGAACAGAUUCUCGUCAAGGCUUUCCUGUCCACGACAGACACUAAACUUCAAGGCUUCCUUUCUUUUGCUAUGCAAGAACUGCUCGACCGGGUGGAUAUCAAGGCCGCGUUGGCUAUGAAAGAAACCGGAAUGCGGAAUGGCGGUGACAUCUACAGAAAAUGGUUGACAUUAUCGGAGAGUGAUCGGACGGUGCUAUCACCUUUCCUUACCUCCCGAUACAUCCUGACACCCAUGAACGUGGUUCCAGUAGAGUAUCCCAUCUUCCGCCCAGGAAAGCCCUACGGAAACUGGAUGCGUUCAUUCAGCAUGGAUCUCUUGGGCAAGGGACAAAAUGGGCACGCGGAUCUCAUUUUUGAGCCGCUGUGUCGCACCAUCAAGGUAAAGGACUUGGCUGUUGCCGAGUUCCUGCUGCCAUAUCUAGUGCUUCAUGUAAUUCUAGGUCACCGGAGCACGCGAAAGGACCGAGAUAAUGUCAUUGGAGAGCUCAUUGGCAUCCUUCAGCACCAACCUGACGAAAACGCGCCAUAUUCGGAACGAGAAGACAUGAAGGUCUACUGCGAGGCUGUCUUCAGAGCUCUCGACUACGCGAGUAGAUGGCUCCAAGAAAAGGACGCAAGACGGAAGAAUGACGAUGACCUGCCCGCGAUAGCACGUGUUCAGGAAUUGCUGAAUACUAUCCCGCCAGUGCUCAUCUCUCAACGUGCGAUGGAUUGUAGAGAGUACCCGCGAGCGCUCUUCCACCUUGAGCAGCACGCCCAGCAGAUGGAAGUUGAGAACAGCGACCCAAGGCAGAAAACUCUACUGCUUGAGCAGCUGCAGGACAUUUAUACUCAGAUUGACGAACCUGACGGACUGGAAGGGAUUUCCGCUCACCUGCACGUCUUAGAUAUCAACCAGCAGAUUCUCAGCCACAAGAAGGCAGGCAGAUACACUGCAGCCCAAACUUGGUACGAAAUCAAAUUGGCAGAAGAGCCAGACAAUGUUGAUGUGCAAAUCGAUCUGCUCAAUUGUUUGAAACAAUCCGGCCAACACGAUGUACUGCUCAAUUAUGUUGAAGGUAUGCGAACAGAACCUUCAACGGAGAACAGGAUUGUGCCAUAUGCAGUUGAAGCAGCAUGGGCUACAAGGAGGUGGGAUACUUUGAAUAAGUACACUAGCCGAUUCCAUGGCAGUCCUCUGGAGGAUUUCAACGUCAGCAUCGCCAAAUUGUUCAACGCUUUGCAGCAAAGGGGGGGCGGCAGCGAUACAUUUCCUGAAAUGCUGCAAAGUAUGAGAGAAAAGAUCGCCUCCGCCAUGACACACGCGGCAACGUCAUCUUUGCAGGCCUGCCACGACCUAAGACUCAGGUGUCAUGUACUUGCUGACCUCGAGAUUAUUGCCGGAACUCAAGUUUCGGAGGGCGAUGCACAUCAAGAGGUGCUAACCAUGCUCAACCGUCGCCUUGAGGUUCUUGGGGCGUACGUAGGCGAUAAGCAGUACCUUUUGGGUAUUCGUAGAGCCGCCAUGGAGCUUUCGCGGCCCAAGUUUUCGGAUCUUGACAUAUCUUCUUUGUGGCUCUCUAGCGCUCGGUUGGCGAGAAAAGCCAACUCAACCCACCAGUCAUUCAAUGCCGUGCUACAUGCUUCCCAACUUGGCGACGGAGCUGCGGUGAUUGAGAAUGCCCGGCUUCUGUGGAAAGAUGGCCACACGCGCAAGGCCAUCCAAGUCUUGCAGGGCGCCAUUGAAUCAAAUAAUUUCAUGACGCAGACCAACAGUUCCUCUUCUGUCCGUGGCAUGGAUGCCCAGCAAAGGCAGUUGACGGCUAGAGCUCAACUCAUGCUCGCCAAAUGGCUGGAUGCUGCCGGUCAGACGAACCAUCAUACCCUGCGUGAGAAAUAUCAACAACCCCCUCUCACAGCCAGCACUUGGGAAAAGGGCCAUUACUACCUGGGGCGCUACUACAAGAAAGUACUGGAAUCUGAGAAGACACUCAAGGCAGACGAUCAAACAGAUCCCUGCAUUCAGGGCGAGUAUACUAGACUCGUCGUUGAAAACUACCUUCGGUCUCUGAACUACGGCACCAAAUACAUCUACCAGACUAUGCCAAGAAUUCUCACAUUGUGGCUUGAGUUCGGAGCGCAAGUUGACAAGGCCCCCGAAGGCAAAGUUUCACUGUCUCGUGAGCUUCAUAGGAGGCGAACGGAUCAGUUGAACCUCCUUCACCGGUUCCUUGACAAAUCCAUUGCCCGGCUGCCGGCCUACAUAUUCUACACGGCACUCCCACAAGUUGUAGCAAGGAUUGCUCAUCAAAAUAAAGACGUCUAUGAGCGGUUGAUGCAGAUAGUCAUCAAGGUCGUGCAAUCCCACCCUCGGCAAGCUCUUUGGAGCUUGUUUGGAAUCAUGACGACGAGACAAGCUUCAGAACGCCGUGUCAGGGGUCAACAGAUCUUGCAGGCGCUGAGGGGGGUCACCAGGAAGGUUGAAGGGAGCAGCUAUGACCUCAGCAAGCUAUUAAGAAUGGGCGAGAAGCUUGCAGAACAGCUUCUGCUGGCUUGCAAUAACGGCGAUUUCCAAAGCAACAGGACGACCGUGGCGAGCAUCACGCGCGAUCUGAAUUUCAACCACAAGUGCACGCCUUGCCCUCUGGUGGUGCCUAUUGAGUCAUGUCUAGCGGCUGCCUUGCCGACGCUGACUGACAAUGUCAAAAAUCACAAGGCUUUCUCGCGAGACGUCAUUACCAUCGACUCCUUCCUGGACGAGGUACUGGUUCUGGGAUCCUUGGCCAAGCCACGACGAUUGACCGCACGCGGAACGGACGGAAAGAGCUACAUGCUUAUGAUCAAACCGAAGGACGAUCUACGCACCGACCAGCGUCUGAUGGAAUUUAACAGUAUGAUCAAUAGAUCGCUGAAGAGGGAUCCCGAGGCCAGCAGACGUCAGUUGUACAUAAAGACAUAUGCCGUUGUCCCUCUGAACGAGGAGUGCGGUAUCAUCGAAUGGGUUGAUGGUUUGAAGACACUACGGGAGAUUCUUCUGGAUCAGUAUAAAUCCCGCCAGGUACACCCCGACUACAACCAGAUCAAGCGGAUGAUGGCUGAGGCGGUGACGGGACCGAACAACAUCAAGAUGUUCACGGAAGGCGUCUUGGGGACGUUCCCGCCCGUGCUGCAGCAUUGGUUCGUCCAGCGUUUCCCUCACCCUUCGACUUGGUUCUCCGCAAGGCUCAAGUACACCCGCUCCUGCGCCGUUAUGUCGAUGGUGGGCACCAUCCUCGGACUCGGCGACCGACACGGCGAGAACGUUCUGCUGGAGCGCGACAACGGCGGCAUCUUCCACGUGGACUUCAACUGCCUCUUCGACAAAGGCCUGACGUUUGCGCAGCCAGAGAGGGUACCGUUUCGCCUGACGCACAACAUGGUGGCGGCGAUGGGCAUUUACGGAUACGAGGGUCCCUUCCGGCACUGCAGCGAGCUGACGUUGGGGAUCCUGCGGCAACAAGAGGAGACGUUGAUGACGAUUCUCGAGGCGUUUAUCUACGAUCCCACGCUGGAUCUGCAGAAGGAGAAGAAGACGAGCCGCCGGCAGGACGGGGCGCCUAGGAUGCAGCCUCAGCUUGUAGUUGACAGCAUUAAGCGUAAAGUCAAGGGGCUGAUGGGGCAGGACACGAUCCCGUUGGGCGUGGAGGGCCAGGUGGAGGAAUUGAUCAAGCAAGCUGCUGAUCCAAGGAACCUCGCGGCUAUGUAUAUCGGGUGGUGCCCAUUCUUGUAAGUUUGGGUCUUUGAGGAAGAUUCUAUGAGAAGGUAUCAUGAUGGGCUAGGGAUGGCGUCGAGAGACGACCAGAGAUAUGAAUAAGGGGUUUGGGAACGGACAUUGGUGUUGGCGGUGGUGUAAUGGAUGUAUAUGAUAUGAUGAGGUGCUUUUCACGUACAUGUAACUAUUAAAGUUCUAUCAAAGAUAAUAAGAGAAGCUGUCCCUCAAACACUUCGCUGUCUUAAUUUACUACGAGAGACAUCUAUCUG